UGGCGCGCGGAAAGUACAAACCAAUGGUACAAACAGCAAGUAGCUAGCUGUAAAAGCACAUUCUUGGAGCUGAAAGUUACUCGUCCUUAUUAUACCCACUUAUACACCAAAACAAUGAGCAAAAAAGAUAACGUAGGUAUGGCCCUCAUUCUUGACUAUUUAAAUGAAAAGAAUCGCCCGUACAGUGCCCAAGAUGUAUUCGGCAACUUGCAAAAGCAGCAUGGACUAGGAAAGACGGCGGUGGUUAAAGCCAUGGAACAGUUGGCUCAAGAGGGGAAAAUCAAAGAGAAGAUAUAUGGCAAGCAAAAGAUCUAUUUUGCAGAUCAAGCCCAGUUUACAGAGGUGAGUGAAGCAGACCUGAAAGCCAUGGACACACGGGUAUCUGAGCUCAGCACCAAAGUGCAGGCUGUCACUCAAGACUGCAGACAGCUAGAAACAGAGCUCAAGCAGCUCAACAGCUCACUAACUACAGCAGAUAUGAUGUCAGAGAUCCAGCAACUCAAAGCUGAGUGCUCAGGGUACCACGAACGUCUGGAAAAAAUCAAAUCAGCCACAAAUCACAUCACUCCAGAAGAGAAGGAGAAGGUUUACAAAGACAGGAAUAUCUAUGUGAAGGAAUGGAAAAAGAGGAAGAGACUGGCAUCAGACAUGAUUUCUGCCAUCUUAGAGGGGUACCCUAAGAGCAAGAAGCAGUUCCUGGCAAAAGCUGGCGUGGAGACUGAUGAGGACUGCAAGGUGGCUGUGCCAAGUACAUGACAGAAUGUGGACGUGUUUCUAGUUGCUCCAGUUUCUUCAAUGUUGCUCAUUAGAAAGUCAUAUUUAUUUGGUGUUUUGAUGGUGACACAUCAGUGUAUAUAUACCUUUUGUUUGUUUCCUGAAGAUGUUUAGCAAAAGUAUAAUUUGGAAUAAAGUUUCUAUAAACAUAUCAGGGUUUUUGUGGGGUCUUAAAAAUAGACUCUUGGUUGAGCCUUUCCUGGUGGAACAGUUGGGAGAGGGGAUCUGGACAGUCGGGGAGUGCGCUGCGGUUACAGGGAUCUGGGCCCACGGAUGUGUUUGGCACUACGCUCUGUGCUGGUUUUGAACCCAGGUCGUUAUAGUGUAGGCCCUUGUUCUCGACCCACUACACCACGGGGUCCCCGUUCUAUAAACUUGGAAAUAACAUAUAUAUUACUUAACAGAUAUCAGUUAAAUGAAUUAUCAAUUGGUUUGAGCGAGAUUGGAACCAGGGGUACCGUGUUUGGCAGUAGACUCGAUGGUACACAUGCUUACCCACAUGCUUAGGUUUCCUGCA